CUCUCACUGCAAUCACAGCGCUUCUUGAAAAUCCCAACGCCCGCACGCUCCGACAAACACUCUGUCACUCUCUCUCUCUCUCUCUCUCUCUCUCUCCUCAUCGUUGCGCCGGCGUGGCUCGAUCAUUGAUGCUUGCCGCCUCUCGAUGUUGAGCUCCUCAGCGGCUGCUGCGUCUUCCCCGAGCAAGGUGGCGGCGACGACCACGGCGGCGGCGGCGGCGAUGGCGAGGGCGAGCCCUCUGACGUCGAUCUCCGUCGCGGCUUCUCUCGAUCGCCGUCGCGGCUUCCGAUUCGCCUUCCCUCGUUACCGCCCCGCGCUCGGUGGAGCGGGAUCCUACUCUGCCGCGACCUGCGGGGGACCGUCUCGGUAUCGUCCCCUGCGCGUUUCGUGCCAAUCCAAGACAGAUGAAAAGCAGAUGAGACGAUAUUCACCAAUUCUGGAAGGCGCUUUAUUGUCGAGUGGUGAUGGAUUGGCAUCGGACGAGUGGACAGCUGUUCCUGACAUUUGGAGGUUCUCUGCUGAGAAGUAUGGAGAUAGAAUUGCCCUGGUUGAUCCUUAUCACAACCCACCUUCAAACAUUACUUAUAGUCAGCUGGAGCAAGAAAUCUUGAAUUUCUCUGAAGGUUUAAGAGUCAUUGGAGUCAAACCAGAUGAAAAACUAGCACUCUACGCUGAUAAUUCGUGCCGCUGGCUUAUUGCCGAUCAAGGUAUAAUGGCCACUGGAGCUAUUAAUGUGGUUAGGGGAUCAAGGUCAUCUGUCGAAGAACUAUUGCAAAUAUACCAGCAUUCUGAAAGUGUUGCCCUUGCUGUUGAUAGUCCUGAAUUAUACAAUCGGAUUGCGGAAGUCUUCUGUGAUAAGGCCUCUAUGAGAUUUGUUAUUCUACUAUGGGGGGAUAAAGCAUCCCUUUCCAUUAGAGGAACUGAGGAGAUACCCGUCUUUAGCUACAAUGAAAUCAUACAUUUGGGACAAGACAGUCGUAAAUAUCUGCUUUCAUCCAAUGAUACCUGGAAUCCCCAUGACUAUGAACUCAUCAGCUCUGAUGAUGUUGCUACGCUUAUGUAUACAAGCGGCACCACCGGUAAUCCAAAGGGCGUCAUGCUGACACAUCGAAAUUUCUUACAUCAGAUAAAGAACUUGUGGGAUAUUGUACCUGCUGUACCUGGGGAUAGAUUUCUGAGUAUCCUUCCACCAUGGCAUGCCUAUGAACGUGCCUGUGAAUACUUCAUUUUCACUCAUGGAGUUGAGCAAGUGUACACAACCGUGAGGUGCCUGAAGGAGGACUUGCAACAAUACCAACCACAUUACCUUAUCUCCGUCCCUUUAGUAUAUGAGACACUCUACAGUGGGAUUCAGAAACAGUUAUCCACAGGCUCCGCAGCUCGCAAGCUUAUAGCAUUCACUUUCAUCAAGAUCAGUAUGGCAUUUAUGGAUUUCAAGAGGAUAUAUGAGGGAAAAUAUCUGACGAGGGAUCAGAAGGAACCCUUAUAUCUUGUUUCAAUGUUGGAUUGUCUAUUGGCAAGAAUCUUUGCUGCUAUCUUGUGGCCCCUACACAUGUUAGCAAGGAAGAUAGUUUACAGUAAGAUUCAUUCAGCCAUUGGAAUAUCAAAGGCUGGCAUCAGUGGAGGUGGAAGUUUGCCUACAUUUAUUGAUAAGUUCUUUGAGGCCAUUGGUGUAACUGUACAGAACGGGUAUGGUCUAACAGAAUGUUCUCCUGUUACUGCUGCUCGAAGACCUACCUGCAAUGUUCUUGGUUCAAUUGGGCAUCCCAUUCGAUACACAGAAUUCAAAAUUGUGCAUCCUGAAACGGAUGAGGUUCUUCCCCCAGGCACAAAGGGCAUUGUCAAAGUGAGGGGUCCCCAAGUGAUGAACGGUUAUUACAAGAAUCCAUCAGCUACAAGUCAGGUUUUGGAUGCAAGCGGCUGGUUCAACUCAGGUGACGUUGGUUGGAUGGCACCUCACCAUUCUUCAGGGCGAAGCUGUAACUCUGGAGGUGUGAUUGUUCUCGAAGGCCGUGCUAAGGACACGAUUGUCCUUUCAACAGGUGAAAAUGUUGAACCUGCAGAGCUUGAAGAAGCUGCAAUGAGGAGUAGCCUGAUACAACAGAUAGUUGUUAUUGGGCAGAAUCAACGGCGUCUAGGAGCUAUAAUUGUGCCGAACAAAGAAGAGGCCCUGCUGGCUGCUAAAAGGAUGUCAAUUGUAGAUGCUAAUGCUGUGGAACUUAGUAAAGAAAAAAUGUCAAGUCUGUUGUAUGAAGAAUUGAGAACCUGGACCUCAGAGUGCACAUUCCAAAUUGGGCCAAUGAUCAUCGUGGAUGAGCCGUUUACGAUCGAUGGUGGUCUAAUGACUCCAACAAUGAAAAUCCGGAGGGACAGGGUCGUAGACCUUUACAAAGAUCAGAUCUCGAAGCUGUACAGCUGAUGCAUGUUUUAAUUGAGUAGAUCCAUUCAAUUCUGUGCUGCAUCUAUCGACCAUUCAGCAUGGAAUGUGGAAGGUUUACAGGUUUACCACAGGAACGUCAGGAACAUCCGCUCCCUUGUUUCCGCGAGCUCAUGUAAGUUAAUAAUUCAUGAAUCAAGAAGCUGCUCUGGACAUGUGUAAAAGCGAGCUCAUCCAGAUUGUGAUACAUAAUUGACCACAGAUGGCCCCGAGUGUAAAGCAACUUUUGGUCAGAAUGACCCACAGAUAUCGAUGAUGGACACAGAAUGAAUGAAUUGUUCUCUCUUCUA